AUGCCAUAUCAGAUGCACUAUGCAUUGGUUCUGCUUUUGCUGCUCGCCACAAGUAGCGGAGCAGACUCCGGUGAUGAUUUCAGCAAUAACCUCUUUUUAGACUUAGCCCCGAAUGUUUCUCAUCUCUGGUUUGUACUAACUGGAACUAGGUUAUUAGCAUUAUUUGAGGAGCGAGUGACUAUGCAGUUCCUCAGUCAGUCUAUGGGUUGGGCUGAUUGCAUCAUAUUAGCGAUGGCUCCUAUUGGUAUUGUUACUACUAUUGUCAGCGCUAUCAGAGUUAGUGGUCCACCGUGGCUUAAAGCCGUGAUAGGAAGAUCAAGAGAGAAUCUUUCGGCUGCUGAGAUGGAACUGAUGUCUUCUACGUCACAAGAGACCUGUGAAUUAUACAACGGUCUGGACGUAGUGAGAUGUCAAGGUUUAGCUCCAGUCAAAGAGAUUAUCUGUCUCUUGCCUGAUCAUCAAGACGUCACCAAAGACACUCCCAUAAGACUUACGUGUUUGGAGGACGCAGGAAGCGACUUGAUUGAGAAAUGGGACGUCGCCGAUUCGCAUGAACCAGAAGCCGUCAAAAGAACUCGCGGUUACGUCGAAGAAAAGAUGUUGUCUCUCUGGCCUGGAGUCUGGGAAGCAGUCCGUUCCACUACCGAUGUGGAAUCCCAACGCAAAUCCGAACAAACACAAUCCCAAUGUCAAGAAGAUUCAAUUAUUAUACUUCGUAACGUCAAACGUGAAGCUCCAAAUAUUACACUGAACUGCCACAAAAAGAUUGAUAGAGGUCUGCUAUGUCUGACCGCCUGUUUUGGGAUUGUGUUACAAUUGGGUGUACUGGGGGAAAAGUCACAGGCAGAAGGGGGCCUCAUCAUCCUUGGACAACAGACUGAAGAGCUGUCGUGGGCUUUACGAUGGUGGUUGCCUCCUGAUGCUCCUAUGCCUCUAGAGAUCGACGAAGAAGCUGCUUCAUUAGGAAAAUACGAAGAAUCGCAAGUUGCUGGUACUGGAGAAAUCGGUCGAGGUUUGAAAGAUUUAAUUGUCAAUAAUUCAACUUCUACACAACCUGAUGACAGUGAAACCUCACCCAAGCUCGAGCAAACUGAAUCAGAGAAACACGGAAAGCGACCAAAGUCAUUAGCAAUACAGUCCCACAAUAGUCUGGAAAGACUCUAUGCCAAGCACAUGUUCCAUACCUUCAUCUGGGACGCUGUUGCAGCACUCAACAAGCCCAUAUGGCAGGGCCUUGGGAUUGACAAGAUUCUAACAACUUUCACCUACAGUGGUCUUUCUGAUCUUGUAAAGGCCAUCCAAAGCAAAGGUUUUGGAGAUUUGCACGAUGCCUAUCUUGCUCUCAUACCUCCGCUCGAAGCUCAAUCACAGCUUGGUACCCUCGACCUUAUAAUCGGAAUGGCAUUUGUCGAGGCCACUGAGCAUCAAAGUGCGCUAGACUGGAACAAAGCCGGCGAUGUCUAUCAAAGGUUAUUUGAUCUGGCUCGGCGCUUUCCAGAGAGUACCUACUUCUAUAGGAGAGUGGUGGCAAUGAUAGUCGACUUUGUUCGAAUCAUUGAUAACUUGUUGAUAAAUGGAUGGAAAGAAGAGAAAAUUCAUUACGAAGACGCCGUUCUCGUGACGAACAGCCUCGCGUCGGCCCUAAAAAGCGUUCCAAGUCGAGAAUUCUUGAUGAAACUACAGAUGCUCUAUUCCCGUCAGGAACGUUUCUGGGAAGCCGAAUUUUUCUUGGCCCAAGACCAGUUCCCAAGUCACCAUGACGAGCAAGCUGAUUGCAGCUUUACGCCACUCCACCACUGCCUUUCGUUCUCUCUAAAAGACCCAACUCUCUCAAACCAAGAGAACCCAUACCAACAGAUUUAUCACGGAUAUCGGAUAAGGUCAUAUAAGCCCAGACCAGGAAAGCGCGAAAUACCUCGAGAACUCAUGCAGUAUGUCAAUAGUUCGGAUAUCCUGGGCCGGACACCACUUCAUUAUGGGUCUAGAUGCGAAGUUUGGACUAAAGCUCUUUUGCAUGAACAACAAGAUAUAAAUGCGAAAAAUAUCAGCGGCUGGACGCCUCUUCAUUACGCCUCCUUAUCCAGAAGCUUCCAGGUGAUAAGUCUACUCGUCAAAAGUGGGGCAGAUAUCAAUACCCGAGGAGUUGAUGGUAUGACACCAUUACAUUGUACAGCUUUGUCUAGUAGAAGCCAUUUCUUUACCUUUAUCUCUCAUGAUGCUAGCGAAACUCUGGAUAUCUUUGCAAGGGAUAAUCUUGGGAGGGCUCCCAUUCAUCUUGCUGCCUUGGUGAACAAUCCAUAUCUCAUUCCAGAAUUGGAUCGCAGUAUUGAGGCAACGGAUAGAAAUGGACAGACACCUCUGCACUGGUCAAUCCAGGCGUUGGAAGAUGAGAAUUUUAUUUUACUAGUGAACCUUGGUGCAAAUCUGAGCGCAAUAGAUGAUCAAGGCAUGACACCUAUGAUGCUGUCUGCUACCUAUGGCAACACCCUUGCCAUUUCCAAACUUGUCGAUAAGGGUGAAAAUAUCAACGAAACUAACCGAAGAAGGGCCUCAGCAACGCCGCUUCACAUGGCAAGUGUGGAAGGUCAUACUGUAUGUGUCGAGAAUUUGCUCCAGCUCAACGCACAAGUUGAUGUCAGGACCUCAUAUCAGCAAACGCCUCUACAUUGGGCGGCCGAAAAUGGAGAGGCCGCCAUAGCCGAUCUAUUGAUUGAACACCGCGCGAAUGUGAAUGCCACCAACAAGGGUGGCGGGACAGCUCUAACUGAAGCAGUGUUGAAUAGACAUAGAGGCUUGGUGAAUAUAUUUGUGGGAGAGGGCGCAACUAUCAACGGCAAGGAGAUCCAAAUUGCCGAAAAGAAAUAUGAAUAUGACCUUGCCAUGUUUCUACGGCGAACACUCUCAUUGCAACAAAUCUUUAAGGAGCAUAUCCCUGUGGCUUGGGCUCGCUUGAUUUGGAAAGCUAGUCUUGGAAGGCUUUUGAGAAAGCAAGGAUAUAAUUUGUAG